AUGCUUCUGACACCAACCUGCUGUCUCGUCCUUCUCCUCAUCUUGUCCUUUUCUGAAUCUGGACAAAUUCUUUGGAAGAUCAAGGAACAGGUGCGAAAUCUCCAGCUCCAGAAAACCAAACAGCUUCUUCUGAAACAUGCAGCAACCAAUUGGCACCACCCUGAGUAUGUGAAGGAGGGUCGAAUUCAUCAGCCGUUGGACCACUCUGACCACCAAAGGACUCACACCUUCUCUCAGAGGUUCUUUGUGAAUGAGGAAUUCUGGUUGCGCCCUGAUGGUCCAGUGUUCCUCUUCAUUGGAGGAGAAGGACCCAUUUCUGAAUUUGAUCUUCUGGCAGGUCAUCAUGUUAACAUGGCUGAAGAGCACGGGGCUCUCCUAUUGGCUCUGGAGCAUCGUUUCUACGGUGACAGCAUCAAUGCUGAUGGUCUCAAACUGGAGAACAUGGCAGACCUGAGUAGCCAGCAGGCAACAAUUGUUGCCGAAGUGCUUACUGAUUUGGCAGGGUUUCACCGAUAUAUCUGCCACAGCUUCAGUCUGAGCCACAGAAACACCUGGAUAACCUUUGGGGGCUCCUAUGCCGGAGCUUUGUCUGCCUGGUUCAGAGGAAAGUUUCCCCAUCUGGUGUAUGGAGCUGUGGCCUCCUCUGCUCCUGUCAAGGCUCAGCUGGACUUCUCUGCAUACAACAAUGUAAACGACAAUUGUUGGCUUGAGUCUGAAGAACACAGCAGUUGGUGGCUCAGAGAAGGUAUGAAGGCUGCUGCCUGCUGCCUGCUGCCUGUCAGUGACAUGAUGGCCAGUAAAUGA